AUGCUUCCACAUCUUUCGCCAUCGGGGGAAGUCUCCUUCAUUCCCCAACAGCACACGCUCUGCGCAUUCUGUCGAACUAGCUUCCUAAUGUGUCAAUGCACUGGUUUGGAAUAUGGCAAAGAUUUCGUUUUUGUGGGUUUGCCUCCUCCACCCGCCAAUGCGACUCGGGCCAUGCUUCUGAUGCGGUGGGUUAGUCUAGUACGCAUGUCUAGAUCCAUGGGAUCCUUUAAUGGUGGACGAUGGUACAACGACAAUUUCAAACAAUUGAAUGCUUCCAUGAACGCCCGUACAGCACUCUUAAACGAGAUGAUGGAUGAAUAUGUGGCGCAGUUGCCCACCGACACUUUACGCGCUUCACUGGCUGAAGUCCUUGGUCUUGAAAAUGGACCCAUGACAGAGCAAGUGAAAGGCAUAGCGUCAGAAGCGUGGGCUUCCUUGAGGAUUUUCCUUUCCGGUGACUGGGCUCUGGGCUUGCAUGUCCUAUUUGGGUACCUCACUCUUGAAGAAUGCUUUUGA